AUGGUGCUGGUGAGGGAGGAUCCUGCGACGCGCGAGUCGAACGCACCGUGUUCAGGUGUUUUGGACUCGAACGGACCUCAAGUGCUUGGUGCAAGCAGCACUGAGCUGUUUGCGGCAACGCUGUCGGUGCACUCGCCGGGCGGCACGAGCAGCAGCGGUGCGGUAGUCGCUGUGUCACCUUCGAGUACGGGUGCUGAAGCUGGACACGACACUUUGGGUGCACCCAGCGACUCGCAGGCGAAUGUUACCGCAGAAGCGUUGAGCUUCGUGAGGCGCAGCAGGCGACGCGGAGGGCGCGCCCGGAAGAAACCGCUCUGGAGAAAACAAGAUAGCGCGGCUGUUGCAGCAGACGCCUCGGGAACGACGGCUACCGAGUCGCUCACCGGCCUGGCUGCACCUCCGAAAACGUCAGACUCGGCGGAGACGGUAUGGCGACCGCCGCCGCUUUCGAAACGAGAACGCUCGGAAAACGUCUUUUUCAGUGCCUUGAACGAGAUCCGUAACGCAGAGAACGGCGCAUUCCUGUUUCUGGAUGUAUCCCAUUGCGGUGUAUCGAACCGCAAAGCGAAGACGUUGGGCAUGGCUAUCAGGGAGGCCGCUCGCAAGCGACGACUCGGUGGUAUCGCUCUGGACAUGGGACGAAACCCGCUAAACGCCAGCGCAUUGGAAGCGUUCGUGGAGGCGCUUCUCGGAGCGGACGGUUCCCCGCUGCCUACCCAGGAACUGGAUGGGCUCUUCACGGUUCUCGAUUUUUCAGAAUGCGACUUGUACGACAAUCUGGAGAAGGGCGAUGGCGACGAGUCUCGCCAUUUGGUAGCGAGGCCUCUCCUGCGUCUGCUGCGCUCACCGGCCUGCAGCGUCCUGGCACACUGCGUUCUCGAUGGCUCUCGCGGGCUCAGUGAGGAGAGCGCAGUGUUUCUCCUCACUGCGUUGGCUGAAAAGCCGCUGGCGACUGACGCACGCGCUGGAGCAGACACGCUGACCCGUGCACCCGGCGACACGAGUGCCCUGGGCACCAGCACCGCUGCUGGGGCAGCGCCACGCAGACACGGCAGCACGGCUGCUGCGCCAUCAACUCCGCGUCAUAUUCUCCAGAUUCACAACAUCUAUCCGGAGAGCACGAUUCGUGCGCUCUGGGAAACAGCACGACGUUUGGAAAAUGGAGCAGGCACCGAUGAUGCUGCGAGGCAUGAAGAGCGCUCCUCUGCGGCAGCCGGUCGAACGUGUCUGAAAAUGUCCCUGGAGGAGAGUCGACUCGUGCUGACACUCGGUGACGGCACCUGGGCGAUUUAUACGGAUGUUCCGCAUCUGGACGCGGCCGUUGAGGAGGCAGGUGACAACGCGAUACUCGGAGACGCUGAACAGAGGUGCCGACUGACCGCGGACCCCGGUCGGCGACACCAGUCGUCGCCUCGUGCUGCAACUGGCGACAGCAGCGCAGCCUCGAGUCCGCAACGCCCAGCUUUGAGCAACCGAACGCAAAGCACCCCAGCAGCCGAUACCGAAAAGCAACCGACAUCUACGCUUGAUGCACUGGUGCUCGACGCUGCUGCAUCGGGCGACGGGAACGAGACCACCACCGAGGCAGCGAUGCUUGCCUGCACCCCAAGAGGCAACGAAGAUACCCCUGAUGACGCUGAUGGAUACGACUUUUACCAGCUCUUUGAGGCGCUGGAGCAAAUCCAGGACACAGAUCGCGACGGCGCUGCGCGUUCCGAAGUGAACGACUACCUGGAGAGUCUCCUGCAUGGAUUGGAUCGCCUGCUGGGACUGGAUGCCAAUCAUUUCUCGGGACUAGCGCUGGAGACUCCGUUCUCGCCCGUGGCGUCUGGUGCAGCGGUUGCCGAUAGGUCAAUGUCGUGGUCGCCGUCGCGUCCACCUGACGAUGGCAACGACGACGAUGUCGGCAAGUCGAUGCGUACCACUGAUGCGAGAGGCCCAAACCUGGUAUCCGGGUCGUCAAUGGAGAACCUGCCCACAUCUCUUGAACCGUCGUCCCUGUGCGCUCUUCCAGAGCAGUCCUAUGAUCCGGAGGUUUCCAGUCAGGGUCUUCCGCUCCUUCUGCGCGUUCUGGUUGCGAACCUGACCGUGCUAGAGCGGGGCAUCUGGGCGCUUCCGGAGCCGGCACCACGAGAGAAUCAAGCAGGGCUCUGGAUUGAGCGACCCGUAUCCCUGGCGCGCUACAGGUACCUCUGUGUCUUGCAGCGGCUUGUUCAAGCACGUCGAGCUGCUAUCGAUAGCGCCCUCGCGUCCACUAGCGCGCUUUCGCUCGUCAUGAUGAUGUUUCUGGAUCAUCCUUGGUCCAACUGUGUCCACGCGGUGCUGCUAUCGAUCGUCGAACAAGUUUCAGAUGCGGCUCGGUGGUCGCCAAACGAGCACACGAACGCUGCAGAUACGACGCCUGGGCGCCAACUCUGCAGUCAACUUUGGUUUGGCGAGGCGAUAGCAGGGCAAUCAGAAGCAUCGCAGCAAGUGUCGAGUUCUGGGUCGCAUGCGGCGUCCGAGUCCACGGAGUUGGCCCGGUGUUCUGUCCUCGAAGCGAUCUAUCGCGGGGUCUGUGCUGAUUUUGAGUGGUAUCAGCGUCAGCUGCUUCAGCAGCGAAAACCAUCAGAGGCAGUUUCGGAGCCGGGGCAGCUCUGGGAGCGGCGGAAACAGGGAACUCACUUGGCAAGUCUGCCGUAUCUGGCCCGUUGUUUGGAAUGUGCUGAAACGCUGGCGCAGCAAGAUCCUGGAUUCGCAAAACGACUCGAGGCUGACGCGAACUACCAACAGCUCUUAGCGUUCCAGGACGGCAGGGCAGUCACCUACCUUCGCCGUAUCGCCGCUGGACGGCAACAGGAGCUGUGUGGACCCAGACCAGAGCGGAAUCGCUCUGUCGACGGUAGUGAGCGAUUUGGAUCAUCUGUUUUCAUCGAUUGGUCGUCGCUUCUGAACGUGCUCAGGCGAGGUCAUUACGUAUCGUAG